UUUUAACAUUUAUAAAAAUUCUUUAAAUGAGAAGAAAUGGGAGUACCCAGCCACAGAAUGCAUGGAACAAUGAAAUAAAGGGAAUGAUCCUAGACAAUGACUUUACACUUAAAGGAAGCGGAAUCAUUCCCAUGACGAGUUCAGGUAAAAGGAGGAGUGUCAAGAGAAAACCUAAUAAUAAUGGGUGGGUAUUUGCUAGUAAUUCAAAAUAAAAUUGACUCAGAUGCUAGGAGUAAUAUCAAACCUCAAACUCUUUCUGAAAUGCUUGCAUAUUCAAGACCCUCAACACAGGGAGGAAAGAAUUUGAAAGGGUUCUUUAGAAAUAGCGGAGGUUCUCCAAAAAUUUUUAAGGUUAAUAAUGGGUUCAUAAGGAGACAGAUAUCUCAAGGCAAAAUGCAAAGCUCUAAUAAGAAUACAAUGAGUAAUGUAAAAAGCACAGUGACACUGAAGUCUUCGCAAGUAACACUUUCUCCAAAGUAUAAAGAUUUUUACCAAAAUCAGAAAAAGGUUUCAACGAACAUGAUUGAUAUUGAAUCUCCUGUGGAUAAUUUAACUGCAGCAAGUGGUGGCUCUAAUACUUUGGUAAAAACUGCUAAGCAACCUGUCCAGAAUGUUUAUAAAAAUACACAAGGGUUGCAAGGAUCUAUAUAUUCUGUAUCGAACUCGACUGACAUUAGAAAUAAGAUGGAUAAAGAUUCUCAAAACACUAAAGAAAUACAGCCAAGUGAACCUAUGGGAAUUAUUGAUACCGGACCUCAAAGAGCAAUAACUCAAUCAAUUAAUAGAAUAAGAGAGGCGAAGAAGAAAGCAGGCACUUUCAUGAGUCAGAACAGCCACAAGGCAAUUUUCCAGUACCAGUUUGAAAUGCAAAAUAAAGAAGAAGAGAGUUGAUUUAGAGAUCUAUAUGAUUGUCUCAAUGACCUAAUUGAUUAG